CGCGCGCGGCCACGGGGCCGAGGGUUUGAACCGGGGGUCUGUCGAUCGCGGCGGGGCUGCGUCGGCUGCGGCGGGUGUGGGAGGUGGCGACGGCCGGGGCCGGGGUCCCUGCCCGGCUGCGGAGGCGGGCGCGACAGGCGCGGGGGUCGCUGCUCCUGAAGCGAUGAUGGGCAAGGAGGAGGAGAUUGCGCGGAUCGCCCGGAGGCUGGACAAGAUGGUGACCAAGAAGAGCGCGUAGGCAGAAGGAGGUGAUCUUGUCCGUUGAGAUCUAAAGUCCUUUAUGAAGGUCCUCCUUCUCCUUCCAGGAGGGAGCCAUGGAUCUGCUGCGGGAGCUGAAGGCCAUGCCUAUCACGCUGCACCUGCUCCAGUCCACCCGAGUCGGGAUGUCUGUCAACGCCCUUCGGAAGCAGAGCUCGGACGAGGAGGUCAUUGCACUGGCCAAGUCCCUCAUCAAGUCCUGGAAGAAGCUCCUGGAUGCUUCCGAUGCCAAAGCCAGGGAGCGGGGGAGGGGCACGCCUCUGCCCACGUCCUCGAGGGAUGCCUCAGAGGCCCCGGAUCCCAGCCGCAAGAGGCCGGAGCUGCCCAGGGCACCGUCGACUCCGAGGAUCACCACAUUUCCCCCGGUGCCUGUCACCUGCGAUGCCGUGCGCAACAAGUGCCGCGAGAUGCUGACUGCUGCCCUGCAGACGGACCAUGACCACGUGGCCAUCGGUGCGGACUGCCAGCGCCUGUCGGCUCAGAUUGAGGAAUGCAUCUUCCGGGACGUUGGAAACACAGACAUGAAAUAUAAGAACCGUGUACGGAGUCGUAUCUCCAACCUGAAGGAUGCCAAGAACCCUGACCUGCGGCGGAAUGUGCUGUGUGGGGCCAUAACACCUCAGCAGAUCGCCGUGAUGACCUCAGAGGAGAUGGCCAGUGACGAGCUGAAGGAGAUCCGUAAGGCCAUGACCAAGGAGGCCAUCCGAGAGCACCAGAUGGCCCGCACUGGCGGCACGCAGACAGACCUGUUCACCUGCGGGAAGUGCAGGAAGAAGAACUGCACCUACACACAGGUGCAGACCCGCAGCUCUGACGAGCCCAUGACCACCUUUGUUGUCUGCAACGAGUGUGGAAACCGCUGGAAGGUGGGUGAGCGGGCUCAGGCUGCUCCUCCCAGCUCCAUUCUCUGGAGGUGGGGUGUCUCAGCCUCUGUGGGGUCUGUGGUGUGAACUGGGGAUGGCCCUGCCCGACCAGCCUCCUGGGAGUCUUGGGCAUGGUGGGUUGAGACCCCAGCCUUGGGUGAGCCUGUGCGGCUUUCCACUCUGGGGGAUCUCAUGUGGCCACAAGGCUGGAGGCCUCACCCCCUUUCUCGCAGUUCUGCUGAGCCCUCGUGUAGAUGUGCUGCAGCCUUGGGCCCUCCCCUGCCCACGUCCUCCGUUGACACAGCUUCUCUGGAGACCCUAGAAGGCGGCAUGUCCUGCCCUCAACCUGCCUGCCUGGAUUGCACCUUUCUGCCCUUUCCCCCUCGUUAUUAAAUGUUUCUUUUUGCCA